GGGUACCGGGUAUGUAAGCAGAGACGAAAGAUGGCGCUGUCCAUGGUGUGAACGUGAAACGAUUAUGUGAAACGUCUUGCAUUGCAAAUAUAUUAGGCAACGAUUAACAUGGAGACACAGAAAGAGUCAGAUGCUGCAGUAGCUGUCGGUUGUCCGUCUGAAACGUCAUUGGCUGGCAGGGCUGAUGUAUGCAAGGGAUGUCCUGGGCAGUCACUGUGCCAACAACAAGGUGGAUCAGACCCAGACCAAGAGAUGAUUGACCUGAGAAUGAAUGCCAUCAAACAUAAGAUACUUGUUCUCUCAGGAAAAGGAGGUGUGGGCAAAUCCAGUUUAGCUUGCACACUCUCAAUGGCUCUGGCCAAGUUGCAUCCUAACAGGGUUGGACUAGUGGAUGUAGACAUUUGUGGACCAAGUUGUCCACAAUUGAUGGCCGUUAAAGCUCAGACUGUGGUCAACACACAGUGGGGAUGGACUCCACUCAAGUCUCCACUGGGCAAUGUUAAGGUCAUGUCUAUUGGGUCCUUACUUCAGCAAACAGACAGUGCAGUAGUCUGGAGAGGACCACGUAAGACACAGCUUAUCAAGAGAUUUCUCAAGGACACAUUCUGGGGACGUCUGGACUAUCUUGUCUUUGACACCCCACCAGGUACAAGCGAUGAGCACUUAACAGUCGUGAAGGCCCUUAAAAAUGUGAACCCAGAGGGCGCUGUGAUUGUGACUACCUCCCAGCUGGUUGCUAUGGCAACGGUCCGUAAGGAGAUCAGCUUCUGCCGCAAGAUGGGGCUGACGAUCCUAGGGGUGGUGGAGAACAUGAGUGGAUUCGUCUGCCCUUGCUGCCAGGAGGAAACUAAUUUGUUUCCUACUGGUGGUGUUGAGGCAUUAGCUGAAGAAUUCAAUCUCAGAUACUUGGGUAAAAUACCACUUGACCCGAGCCUGACAUCAUGCUGUGAGGCAGGUCAAAGCAUCUUAGAAGAGUACCCAGACUCCUCAGCUACAAAGGCAUUGAUGGGGCUUGCUAAAACACUGGAGGCAUGCCUGCAGAGGUGACACCCGUCUACAACUUCCUCAAGGAUUCAGGGAUACACCGAGUCACAAAGUCAAUUCCAGUACUAAAAAUAGGUGGCUCAGAGUACUGCUUUCAGAAGACCAGAAGUGCUGCCUUUGGUAAAAUUCACUACCACUUAAAUUUUCCUGACUUGCUGCCCAUUUAGGAGAGCAUCUUUAGUAGGCUGAGCAUUGGUUGGAAUAUAGACAAGAGUGUCUUGUCUUAGGCGAUGAGCAUCUUCUGCACCAUUAGCUGAAAGCUCUAAAAGAUUGAUAAUGACUCAUUUUUGUUUUAUUCUUUCAUGGCUGUCUAUCAAUUUUGUCAUCUUGUAACAUAUUGAUGAACUGUUGCCUUUGUUGAUUCAGUGAUAAUA